CUCGGGUCAUGAACACCCCAAGUCUCCUCACCUAAGUUCUCUCAGAAGUGUUCAAAGUCACCCGGUUCUGCGCAUAAUUCCAGGACAUCUUUGUAUGGGAAGUACAAGAAAGUGGACUAGAAGUAUAGAGUACAAGACGCUCUACUAAUCGAAGUACAGGCAUGGAUAUCUUCCUUUUCAACUUUGUGGUGUUUGUGAGGGAGAAGAUUCGCAGCCCCUAGGAUAUCCCUGGUAAAGCCACAGUCCUAAAGCGGUUUAGCCGGCCCAGAGGAAGCAACCCUGAUAGCUGCAGCUCUACUAAGCUCAAUUUACUUUCGUUCCCUACCAGCAAAGUAAUUAGGAGAUUUGCUUUGGGAAUUCAUAUAAGGAUCGACCCGUCCCCAAAAAAUGAAUCUGCAGCGGAAUUUCCUGCCCUCUCUCGUUAAUAGUAAUCCUUAAUUAUUUGUCUUUGGGAUCACAUUCCCAACCAAUAACCAUGCGUCACUCGUUUCUUUUAGCCCUCCUAGGAGCAGCUCCUGAUUUGGUGUCUGCCGCUGCUCUCCCCUCACCGUCACUCGCUCCGGCCCUACCACUUUCAGCAUUCAACUUCACAAUCGUUAAGCCACUCACCCUUGAAGAAGCGCAAUCAGGAGGGAAACACAGUCCUGAAGUUCAUUCGGCUCUAGUAGCCGCCGCCGCAGCGACAUGCACUAAUCCUCGUGUCCGGACGGAAUGGGACUCAUACUCGACUAGCGACAGGACAGCAUUCGUAAAUGCCCUCAAAUGUCUGCUGGGCAAACCGGCUUCAGGCCAAUUCUCACAGGCCAGAAACCGAUACGAGGAUCUAGUUUCCUUGCACCAAACGCUCACUCCCAACGUCCACGGUAACUCAAAGUUCUUGAUCUGGCACAGGUACUUUGUGUGGACGUUUGAAGAUAUCCUGCGCACCGAGUGCGGCUUCGACCGUAAUUUGCCUUGGUUCGAUGAGACGAGGUAUCCGGGUAAAUUCUCCCAGUCAUCUGUCUUCUCAAACGAAUGGUUUGGCGCCAUUGGCAUUGGUGGAAACUGUGUAACGAAUGGGCAAUUCGCCGGCCUCACGCUGAACGUUGGCCCUGGUCCUGGAAACGGCGCUCACUGUCUGUCACGUAAUGGGGACGCUAGCAAGACAGCAAAUUGUAACCAGGCCAUGGUUGACGCCUGCAACUCGCGCAGUGACUACGCAGAUAUGGCAUCCUGUGCAGAGGGGGGUGUACACGCCUGGGGCCACAAUGGGAUAGGAGCUGUUAUGUCCGACGUGUACGCGUCGCCCGGGGACCCAGUCUUCUGGCUUCACCAUGCGUUCGUCGAUCGCAACUACCGCAUCUGGCAGAACGCCGACGCAGCGCGUGUGGGAUACAUCGAUGGAACCGAUAGGGUUGGGAACCCGCUCACACUAGACACAGUGGUGUCUGUGAAUGGCAUGCGACCUAAUGUUCAGAUUAGGGAUAUUAUUAACACCAUGGGGGACAAGCUGUGCUACAAGUACAAUUACUAAUUUUGGAAAGUGGGAAUGAAAUGUGUU